GAUCUUAUGAGUGGAAAAACAAAUUCAUCUUCCUUGCUUUCAAAUUUUAUAUACCCUUCUUGAAUUGUGUUUCUUGAUAUGGAGGUCAAAUCCAAUGAAAACAUUGAUUCCUCAUAUGAUAAAAUAGCUGAAAUGAAAGCUUUUGAUGAAACAAAAGCUGGUGUAAUGGGUCUUGUACAACGUGGGGUGACAAAGAUUCCACGCAUGUUCUAUUCUGGAGAAUUCACUGAAAACUCUGAUGGUAACACAAAAUUAAGUGUUCCUGUCAUUGACCUCAAAAACAUAAACAACGAUCCUACUCAUCGUGUGGAAAUUCUUAGCCAAAUUCGAACUGCUUGUAAGGAGUGGGGAUUUUUCCAAGUGAUUAAUCAUGGAAUUCCUGUUUCUGUCUUGGAUGGAAUGAUUGAUGGAUCUCUUAAGUUUCAUGAACAAGAUGCAGAUUUGAAGAAACCGUAUUACUCGCGUGAUUUAGAGAAAAAAGUUACAUAUUUCUCUAAUGUGUCACUUUUUAGUGGAAAUCCAGCUAAUUGGAGAGAUACAAUUGGUUUUACUGUUGCUUCUGAAUCAUUUAAAUCACAUGAAGUACCAGAAAUAUGCAGGGAUAUCGUGGUUGAAUUUUCACAAAAAAUAAAGGAAUUGAGUUUCUUUAUCUUUGAGUUGUUGUCUGAGGCACUAGGACUUAAUCCUUCAUACCUCAGUGAUUUGAAUUGUGGUGAAAGAUUAUUUAUAAUGGGUCAUUGUUAUCCACCAUGCCCUGAACCUGAAUUAACUCUGGGAGCUACCAAACACACUGAUGGUAAUUUUAUGACAUUGCUUAUACAAGAUCAACUUGGUGGCCUUCAAGUUCUUCAUGAGGGUAAAUGGGUAAAUGUUCCUGCUGUACAUGGAGCUCUUGUUGUAAACAUAGGUGAUCUUUUACAGCUUAUCUCAAAUGACAAGUAUGUAAGUGUUUAUCACAGAGUCAUAUCACAGAAGAUAGGUCCAAGAAUUUCUAUAGCAUGUUCCUUUAUGAAUACUCAUGACCCAAUUGAAGGUAACUCAAGGGUGUAUGGUCCUAUUAAGGAACUCACUUCUGAAGAAAAUCCACCAAUCUACAAAGACAUUACAAUAAAAGAUUUCUAUGCUCAUUGUUAUAAAAAAGGACUUGAUGGACACUCUUCCUUGGAGCCUUUUAAGUUGUGAAUUCAACAUGUUCAUGUUCUUUUGAAUCUCAUCGAGCUACCAUACUCUAUCUAAAUAAAAAUUUGUGUAUUUUCACAAUGUAAUAAGUUUCUAAAACUGAAAUAAAUGAGUAUGUAUGUGUUGUGUAACACCCCUGA